GAAAUGGAUGACCUUGCUGACUUUUUAGGACACGACAUCAGGGUGCAUCGGCAGUACUACAGGCUACCUGAAGGUACAUUACAGCUGGCGAAGAUAAGUAAAGUUCUUCAAGCCAUGGAGAGAGGACAACUAUGUAUCUCAGUUUAAGGAAUCUAGAUGAGAUCCAAAUUGAUCCACAAGAGAGAGUACCGGUGGACAGUGAAGGAUCAGACUUUGAAAACGAGAAAGAAAACGAUGCUUCACCUUCAAAUUCUGCAGGAUCUUCACAAAACCCACGGAGAAAGUGGUCUGCAGAGGAGAUCCAGGCUUUGGAAAAGACUCUAAUGGACUACAUCAGUUCUGGCAAGGUUCCUGGUAAAGGCCAGUGCAUGGAGUGCAUUGAAAAAUCCCCAGCUGCACUUCAAGGGAGCGGUUGGGAGGCAGUCAAAUUUUAUGUAAAAAAUCGCGAUGAAGCGAAAAAUGUAAAGGUGAAAAGCCUUUAAUCGAUGUUUUUUUUUCAUGUGUUUGUUAAAGGCAACAUGUUCAGAAACAUUUAAGUUCAAGUUGCUGACAAAUAAUUAAGAUGUCACAGAUUCUUGUUUUUGUGGAAUUGCCUAAAUCUCCAAACUUUUCAGG